AUUUAAGUCAUGGUUGACUUGAUAACUUGUUCAAUCUUCUUGAAGUUCCUUGAUAAAAAAAUGAAAUUGUUUUUUCAUUCACCUACUUCUUUUGAAGUUGCAUAAAAUUUAGCUCUUUGUCUCUUAUCAAUUCAGUCCAGAGUAUUUAGUUGAGAUUUAAUAUUUUAUUGAUUAGUUAGUAAUACAUGCCCCCUCUCAAAAGUCUCACCAACCGCCCACCAUGCCUAUAAGUUAUAACAAUAGACUAAAAUCAUUACCACCAGCGCGGAAAUGGCGAGACCUACUGUUCGAGCCACCAUUGUUCAGGCCUCCACCGUCUUCUAUGACACUCCCGCCACUCUUGAUAAGGCUGAGAAAUUAUUGGCAGAAGCAGCUGCAAAUGGAUCCCAGUUGGUUGUGUUUCCUGAAGCAUUCAUUGGUGGUUAUCCUCGGGGAUCAUAUUUUGGUGCAGCCAUUGCAAAUGUCACAGAGAAAGGAAGAGAAGAGUUCUGCAAGUAUCAUGCAGCAGCCAUUUCUAUACCAGGUCCUGAAGUGGAUAGAUUGGAAGCAAUGGCCAAAAAGCAUAAGGUGUAUCUAGUAAUGGGUGUGAUAGAGAAGGAUGGAUAUACUCUCUACUGUAGUGUGCUUUUUAUCAGUCCUGAAGGUCAGUACCUGGGGAAGCACCGGAAACUCACGCCCACAGGAGCUGAACGUAUAGUUUGGGGAUUUGGGGAUGGAUCAACACUUCCAGUCAUUCAAACCCCAAUUGGAAAAAUUGGUGCUGUCAUCUGUUGGGAAAACAGAAUGCCCCUUCUUAGAACAGCAAUGUAUGCCAAAGGUGUUGAAAUUUAUUGUGCACCAACAGCUGAUUCCAAGGAAACAUGGCAAGCAACGAUAAGGCACAUUGCUCUUGAGGGAGGGUGUUUCGUGCUAUCUGCGAAUCAGUUUUGCAAAAGGAAAGAUUACCCGCCUCCUCCAGAAUAUGUAUUUGCUAGUACGGAAGAAGACCUGACACCAGAUUCCGUGGUCUGCGCUGGAGGCAGUGCUAUUAUAUCACCGCUGGGAACUAUACUGGCAGGACCUAAUUAUGAGGGGGAGGCUCUAAUCUCAGCAGAUCUUGAUCUGGGAGAAAUAGGACGCGCCAAGUUCAGCUUUGAUGUGGUUGGGCAUUACUCAAGGAGCGAAGUUCUGAGCUUGACUGUAAGGGACUAUCCUGCCAAAGCUGUUACCUUCACUUCCACAUCAGGGGAAGGCUCUCCUCAGUCUCAGAUAUAGUUUACCUCUUCAUAACUAGUCAGCAAUUUGCACAAGUAAUUAUAGUAUUUCAUAUUAAUUUGUGUCUAUAUUGAAUGACAAAUCAUCUCGGAAUUCGUUUCUGUUAUGUCUGCAACUUAUUCCUAAUUUCCUAUGGCUGAAGCUGAACAAAAAUGAGAAAUGGUGGUGGGUUUUAUGCA